GUAACAGCAAUGGUGGUGCUCCUGCACAAUUUUUAGUCUUUGGUGCUCUAUUUUUCGUUUUGGCAACUUGUACAGUACAGGACACCAUAACAGUUGAUCAAGCCAUUCGAGACGGUGAUAAGCUUUUACAAGAGAAGAAAGAAAACAAAAAAAAAAUAAUGCUAACAAACUACAUCGUAAAUUAUUUUAAUAAUGCUAACAAACUACAUCGUAAAUUAUGGACACAAAAAUACAAAUGCUAGCUAGCUCAAGCCAAAAAAUGUACUAUAGCUUUUAAAAUUAUAGUCUUCUAUUCCACUUCAGCCACAUGAUCUUCCUUUGAAAAUUCUAUAAAUUCUGAGUGAAGUUACCGCUACACAAUACAAAAAAUACAACAUCAAUGGAGGCCCUUUACAAUCUUGUACUCUUUUGUGUACUGUUUUCCAUUUUGGCAACCUGUACAGUACAGGACACCAUAACAGUUGAUCAAGUCAUUCGGGACGGCGAUACCCUUGUUUCUGCUAGUGAAAUAUAUGAACUAGGGUUUUUUAGUCCCGGAAGAUCUACAAACCGGUUUAUGGGGAUAUGGUAUAAGAACAUAUCCCCACAAACAGUGGUCUGGGUUGCUAACAGAGAAACACCAAUAACAGAUUUGUCAGGUGUGUUUAGAGUUGCAACCAACGGAUCGUUAUUGGUUAUUGCUGGAAGCAACAAAACCACAGUAUGGUCGUCAGAAACCCCCACUACCAUAAAUCCAGUGGCACAACUUUUGGAUUCCGGAAAUCUGGUUGUGAGGAGAAAUGGUGAGGAAAGUUUCAUAUGGCAAAGUUUUGAUUAUCCUGGAGACACGUUCCUUCCCGGUAUGAAACUCGGGAAGGACCUAGUCUCCGGACUAGAUAGGCGGUGGAGGCCGUGGAAGAGCCUCGACGAUCCUUCACCAGGUGAGUUUGAAGGGCUCAUGGAUACCAAUGGGUUUCCUCAGGUGUUCAUACACCAUGGUUCUGUUCCACUAACCCGAUCCGGACCGUGGAAUGGUAAUACGUUCAGCGGAAAUCCUAGCCAUUCACCGAGCUCCCCAAUCAAUCUCAAAUUUGUUUUCGACGAUAAAGAGGUGUAUUUCAUGUUCACAAUUGCUAACAAUUCAUUACUCUCACGUGCCUACAUGAAUCCUGAAGGUUACUUCCUUCAUAUGAUCUGGGUUGAUCGAAGCCAUCAGUGGUUCACAUACUGGCAACAAUAUAUCAACAUAUGUACCCGAUUUGGGCUAUGUGGUCCAAAUGGAUGGUGCAACCCGGACAACUCACCGUCCUGUAGUUGUAUGGAAGGGUUUGAACCACGACAACCAGCUGACUGGAGUGCAUCUGAUUGGUCAAGCGGGUGUCAGCGUCGAACACCUUUAGAAUGCCCAAAGGGGGAUGGUUUUCGAGUGUUUAAAAACAUUAAACUUCCAGAUACUCGGCGUUCGUGGUACAAUAGAAGUAUGACACUUGACGAAUGCAUGAGCACUUGCAAGAGCAAUUGCUCGUGUAUAGCGUAUGCGAAUAUAGAAAUCACUAGGGGCGGAACCGGAUGUUUGUUGUGGUUCGAUGAUUUAGUUGAUGUUCGAACUGUUGAAGAAGGCCAAGAUCUAUACGUAAGAAUGUCUCAAUCCGACAUAACUAUCAACGAAUCUACCUCGAAACCUAGUUACAACAAAAAGAGGGGAAUAAUCAUAGCUGCGGUGUCGAUCUCAUCAUGUUUGGUGACGAUUAUCUUGAUUUUAGUAAUCGUAUACGCUUGGAAUAAGAAGAAAACACCAGAUGAACGGAUUAAAAUCGUUGACGAGGAAUAUAACAAACAGAGCCAACAUGACGAUGAUAUGGAACUAUCAUAUUUUAGCCUGGUUGAAAUAUCAAUGUCUACAAAGGAUUUCUCAAAUGACAAAAAACUCGGACAAGGCGGUUUCGGUCCAGUUUACAUGGGUGUGUUGGAUGAUGGGCGAGAAAUAGCAGUGAAGAAGCUUUCAAAAACUUCAAGACAGGGGGUUAAUGAGUUCAGAAAUGAACUUAAAUUUAUAGCCAAACUUCAACAUCGAAAUCUUGUGAAGCUUUUAGGAUACUGUAAUGAAGGGGAUGAAAGCAUGUUGAUUUAUGAAUACAUGCCAAACAAAAGCCUUGACUUAUUCAUUUUUGAUAAAAUUAGAAGUUUAACACUAGAUUGGAGUAAUCGUUUUCACAUCAUCAAUGGAAUUAUUAGAGGGCUUCUUUAUCUUCAUCACGAUUCAAGGUUUAAAAUUGUUCAUCGAGAUCUUAAAGCUAGCAAUAUUUUGUUGGAUGUUGACAUGAAUCCAAAGAUAUCCGACUUUGGACUUGCUAGAAUGUUUAGAGAUCAAGAAAACGAAGCAAACACGAAUAGGGUAGUUGGGACAUUGGGUUAUAUAGCACCCGAGUAUGCUAUAGACGGGACGUAUUCUGAGAAAUCAGAUGUAUUCAGUUUUGGUGUUCUUGUUUUGGAGAUAGUUAGUGGGAAGACAAAUAGAGGAUUCUCCUGUCAAAUGGACGAUGAUAAUCUUCUUGCACAUGCAUGGAGACUAUAUGAAGAAGGGAAGGCUCUUGAGUUGCUCGGUGCAUAUAUGCGUGAUUCAUGUGUCGACUCUCAAGUACUUCGAUCAAUACAUAUAGGUCUUUUAUGUGUGCAACAUCAUGCAAAGGACAGACCAACUAUGUUAUCAGUGGCUUUGAUGUUUGAUCAAGAUUGUGCAUUACCUGCACCUAAGCAACCUGCAUUUUUUUCUGAAGGCACUAUACCAAAUGUUAACCAGAUCUCCAUCAGUGAGGUCACUAUGACAACAUUAGAACCUCGAUAAAAUUUAUAUACAUGCAUGUCAAGGUGUAUUUGGCCGAGAACACAACUAAUUAGUGUUAUUUUAUGCAUAUGCUUUUCCAGGAAAACUGCACUUUAACAUUGUAUUCUAGAUGUUAAAGGAUAUAUUUUAAUAACAA